AUGUCGACAAGAAGAAGCCUUAGAUCUCAGCGCCACACUCAAGACGACGAGCGCGACGUCGUCGUCGAUGGGCACGAAUCAGACGACCGCGGCGAGAACGCGGAGAACGUCGACAAGGAACAAAUGAUCUGGGAUGCGUUCAGGGAGGAGCAUUAUGAAGCGAUUGAGCAGCUGCCAUUGACGUUGCACAGACAGUUUACUCUCAUGCGCGAACUAGAUCAGCAAGCCAAAGGUCACACGUCGAAUCUCUUGCCCACCUUGCAGCUUUAUAUUCGCAAGAGAAGGGAAAUAGCCCGUUCCAAAGCGCCAGAGAACCUCCAGGCAGAAUCAACAUCUCCCCGCUUGAGCCACAAGGACGACGAUACUCCCUCAUCGUCUCCUAACAGCCAGUCUCCUAUCUCAAACGGAAUGGAGGCGCGAACAACGAGGGAACUCCUUUCGCACAUUGCUAGACUAGCCGAAGACCUCUCGAGCGCGUCUGAAGAGAAGGUCAACCUUGCUCAGGCAGCAUGUGACUCAAUAGACAGGCAGAUCCGUCAAAUAGACCAAGCUAUCAAGGAGCAAGAAGCUGCUAUCUCUCUUGGCUCUCAUUCCGGCACCAGUCUUGCACCAGUCAUUCUCCCUGAUUUGGCCGCCGUUCCUCGUUGGUCGAGGAUGACCCAUGUAGAGAUCAGCGACGAGGAAGAAGGAGAGGCUCCUUUGCCGUUGCAAGACGACGAAGGGAUGGUGCUUGGGGUAACAACAAAUGCUCCUGGUAAAAGACGGAGAGGGAGGCCGAAGGGACAGCCCAAGGUUACGGAAGCUCAAGGUUUAGUGGGAGCGGAACCGCGUCGGCGCGAGACCCGAUCACUCAAAAUCUUACCUCCGAAACCUCCAAACGACGACGAGGACGUGUACUGCCUUUGCCAAGGUUCGAAGGAAGAUGCUAUGAUCGCGUGCGAUGGCGAGCACUGCAAAUAUGAAUGGUUUCAUUGGUCGUGCGUCGGUGUGACCCAGGAAAUCGAGGGCAAGUGGUUCUGUCCCGAAUGCAGGACUCAACCUCAGGCUCAUGGCCGUCGUCGGAAGAGUGUCGUACAGUAG